AUGCUCUUUCAGAGCAACGCAGAAGAAGUCCGUAUGUACAUGGACUCUGUCCAAAAUCUUCAACGGCUCAUGGAACAUUUGUCCGCCGGCGGAACCAACGCUGCCCAACUCGUCCGUGCGCAGCGGCUGAUGAAAAUGUCGAUGGCCCGUCUGCAGAACGAGUUUCACAAAAUUCUGUUAUCUAACAGCGAACCCAUCGAUCCAGAUCGGGACAGCCAAUUCAGCUCCAUCUGUUCGUCAUCAGACAGAACAUACGAAUUCGACACGGUUCCGUUGGACGCCAUGGCGGAUCUACGGAAUAUAGCGCAGCGCAUGGCGAAGAGUGGAUACACGAGGGAAUGCGUUCGAGUCUUCACUCUCACGAGAAAGUCCGUGGUGGAAGAGAGUUUAUACAAUCUGGGCGUGGAGAAGGUGAGGUUGAACGAUGUUCGAAAAAUGGAGUGGACAGUCCUGGAUGACAAGAUCAAGAAAUGGAUAUACGCUGCCAAAAUCAGUAUCCGAAUUCUGUUUGCCCGAGAGAAACGGCUGUGCGUCGAUGUGUUUGGGGGACUUGACAAGAUGAGAGAUUCUUGUUUUGUUGAAAUCAGCAAGGAGCCCGCAGAGAGGCUUCUUGCCUUUGCAGAGGCCGUGGCCGUUACCAGCCGGGCGCCCGAAAGAAUGUUUAGGGUGCUCGACCUCUACGAAGCGCUCACCGAUCUUAGGCCUCACAUAGAACACACAUUUUCUCAAGAAGCUUGCUUUAGCGUGCACGAGCAGGCUAAAAGGAACUUGGUGCAACUCAGCGAGGCGGCCCGGGGAAUUUUGAUGGAAUUUGAGAAGGCAGUUCAGAAGGAGAAAUCUAAGGUUCCCAUUGCGGGCGGCAGUAUUCAUCCUCUCACCAGAUACGUUAUGAAUUAUCUCUCUUUUCUCUCCGAUUACAGGGAAACUUUGGUAAGCAUAAUCACACAUGCACCAGGGGAGCUACCGAAAGUCCUCCCCGACAAUGAGAUUACUGAUUCCCCUGCCCCGCUGUCUGUCCACCUCGGAUGGACCGUCUUCACCCUGCUGUGCAAGAUCGACAAAAAAUCUGAUCUGUACAAAGACGUGGCCCUGUCGUAUCUCUUUCUCAUGAACAACGUUCACUACAUAGUACAAAAAGUGAAUGGAUCUGAGCUUAAAUACAUUCUGGGAGAUGGAUGGGUGAGAAAACAGUGGAAUAAAGUCAGGGAGUGCGCGGUUAAAUAUGAGAGAGCUGCGUGGAUGAAAGUGUUGUCUUGUGUAACAGACGAGGAAGUUCCUCCGAAUGGCGGAUUUUUGAAAGAGAAAUUAAAGGAGUUCAAUUCAGCAAUGGAAGAGAUGAAGAGAAGGCAUGGUGAAUGGGUAAUUCCUGACGUCAGCCUGCGAGAGAAAUUAAGAGUUUCAAUUACUGAGAAAUUGAUACCGUCAUACGGUUCCUUUCUUAGCAGAAUCAGAAGCCGGUUUGAAAGCGAUAUGUACAUCAAAUACACGCCUGAGGAUGUGCAAGAUUUUGUGUUGGAUGUGUUUAAGGGCAGGCCCUUAUCAGUUGACUGA